AUGCAGAAAGCCAAUGAAAACCAAGCCAGGAGAGAUAGGAGCUGCUUUGAGAACCUGACCUUAUGGGACCUGAAGAGCCACAACCACAUUAAAGACACAGAAGAAGAUGUGGAAUACCAGGAGAGAAGCGAGAGUGAGGAAGGAGAUGAGGAGGAAGACGAAGAGUAUGUAUGUGUGAUAAUAGAAGGGUCAGAGGUUGAGGAAGAUGAGGAGGAAGAGGAAGAUGAAUAUGAGGUUACAUGUGUAGGGGAGUAUGUGGAGGAAGAGGAGGAAGAGGAGUGUUUGUUAGACGUUCUGGUGAAAGAGGAGGAAGUAGAGGAGGAUGAAGAAGAAAGAGUGGAGAGGUAUGAGAAGGAGAAGAACGAGAAGGUAGAGGUAGAAGAAGAAGAAGAGAAGGGAGAGAAUAAAGAGACAGUAGAGGUAGAAGAAGAAGAAGAGAAGGGAGAGUAUAAAGAGAAGGUAGAGGUAGAAGAAGAAGAAAAGGGAGAGAAUAAAGAGAAGAUAGAGAUAGAAGAAGAAGAGGAGGAGGAGACAGCCAACACAUAUCCCAGGUGUGUCCAUCAUCAGGGCCUGAAACUGAGUGUGAAGGGGCUGAGAGGGAAACAGACAGGAGAGGAGAAGUACGGUCGGCUCAGAGAGAUCCUAGGAGACCAGUAUGUCAGGGAGGUUACCUGCGCCCCUGAAGGAGAUAGAGUGGUCCUCCACCUCUAUCACCCUAGUGUACCUAUGUGUUCCCUGUUGAAUCACCACUUAAGUUACCUGGCCCCUAAAUUCCCUGAGUGCAAGUUCCUGAUGAUCCUCGCUGGGCAGUGUGUCCCCAACUACCCUGCCAGCCACCUCCCCACCCUGUUCAUCUACGACUCAGGAUGUAUCAUCAACUCCCUGAUAGGAGAGAAGGCCUGUGGUGGGAGGAACGUAUUGGAAGAUGAGCUGAAGUGGAUGCUGGCCCAGUCGGGAGCGUUUGUGAUUGACAGCUACGAGGCCUUAUACCAGGAGGACACGCCCAUCACGACGCCGCGUUCGGAACAGGAACAGGAAGACGACAGCGACGACCAGUCUGAUCACUAUGACAACCAAGGCGCCGAGGUGUAG